AUGGAAAAACAACUAGCAGAGCAGGAAGGACACGUUUUGCAGUCAGACAAUGAGUAUAAUUAUGAAAUAAUCAAUAAUCCACUAAAACCACGAACAAAGAGAUGGAAGUGUCAAAAAUUGAGGAUGGCUAGUUUCAACAUUAGUAAUGAAUCAAUUAAUGUUGACAGUACUGAAGGUACUGAAGAACAAGACCAAAUGAUGCAUGAACACAUUCAAGAUGUUCAAAGUCAAGAUCAAG